GUUUUAGUUUUCCAUCUUAACAGAUUCUGUGCAAAAUGAUUAAGACAAUAGUGUUUGUUGUUUGCCUCGCUGUGGCGGUGGCAGCUUUCGAAGAUUAUCAUAGCCAUCCCAAGUAUAAGUUCGAGUAUGGCGUCAAAGAUUCUCAUACCCACGAUCAUAAGAGUCAAUGGGAGCACCGUGAUGGGGAUCAUGUGAAGGGACAAUACACACUGGAUGAGGCCGAUGGAACGCAUCGUAUUGUUGAUUAUACUUCAGAUCAUAAGGGCGGAUUCCAACCUCACGUCGAACGCAAGGGACAUGCUCAUCAUCCACACCACGGAGAAAGUUAUGCCAACAUUCAUCAGUACUACAGCGGUCUCGUGCACAGUACCCCAAUCAAACAGAUUAAUAUAUAUGAUGCAGCAACUCACGGAGGGUAUGCUAAGAACUAUAAAGAUUACUACGCUUACCCCAAAUAUGACUUCAAGUACGGUGUGGAUAAUCCUCACACUGGAGAUCAUAAGAAACAGUGGGAAACCCGCGAUGGUGAUGUUGUGAAAGGAGGAUAUUCGCUGAAAGAAGCUGACGGUACGAUUCGCGUUGUAGAAUAUACAGCAGAUAAGCACAGGGGAUUCAACGCUGUGGUUAAGAAAAUCGGUCAGGCUCAUCACCACUCACUGGGUUAUAAUCCGGUUUAUAACCAUAUCUCAAGGCAUCAAACUGGCGCACAUAUCCAGCAACAUCAUUAUAGUAAUCAAAACUAUUACCUUGGAAAUCCCUCGUCGAAUUAUCACAGCAAAGGAGCAACUAGCUAA